AUGUCCAAUCUUGCUGCACAGGAUAACGCUGCCCUCACAUCUCCCCCUAUCCUUCAAUACCACCCCCAAUUCAAGCAAAUCGGUCCCAGAGAUAUCAUCCUUCAGGCAGACGACGAAGCCCGCCUUUGCUUCCACUUCGACUUGGCCCGUCUACUCCCUAUAUCCUCCUUCUUCGCCGAUCUCGCCAAUCCGUUACCUUCGGACCUUAUUGAUAACACUCCCUUAUACCCCCUCAUCGAUACUACCAGCGCUGGCCUCGCACUCUUCCUCUCGGCGAUAGAAUCCCUCUCCUCCGCCGAGCCUUUCAGGACGAAGCAGAGCAUUUCCGGCCCCCCAUUGGCGCAAAUCGUCCUGGAAGCGGCGCUUAUCGGACGUCGCUAUGACACUCCGGUGAUCACUCGCCUAUUGUGCGAGCUGCAGCCGCAUGACCCCAUGCAAGACAUGGAAACCCGCCUCGCGAUGCCCUUUGCUCUUUGGGCACUCGCCGGGGUGGCCGAUCAGAUCGCGGACGCCGCGCGGGCGACAGCCCGUUGUGACACAUUCGAUAUCAUCAAUAUCCCCUCCUAUAUGUUCGACAUCCUUCAAAACUGGGUCCCAGUCCACUGGAUGGGGUUACAAGGGCUGCACCUCCGCCGUGCCUCGGCGGGAUCUCGGUUCUACCAGGCGUGCCUCUCCACCAGGCCGAGCAGGUUCAGGGCAUGUGAGGCGUGUGAGGCGGGCGGUGUAGAUGGAGCGGAGAUUUUCGGGCGGGAGGCUUACCAUGCGUACAGCGCUCGAGAUAUGGAGGCUCUUCUGAAGAGAGGGUUGGGGAUAUCUUGUCGGGAAUGUCGGGGUAGUCUAGAAGAGGUGCUAAGGGUCCAGCUGGCGUGGUUCCGAGAGUUCACGCAGAAGUACGAUUUUGUCACUAGCUAUGCCCAGUGGAUCGCUAGAUUCCGAUGA